GCCCGCCCGGCCCGCCGCCUGCCGCGGGCGCUCCGGGACCGGCCAGCGGGAGGAGGAGCGGGGGAAGCACGGGGGUCUCCUCCUCGGCUUCCGCGUGCGGCGGCGGCGGCGGGCGCAGCAUCCUCGAGAGCGAGAGGCUGGGAACAAAGGCUCCGCGCCAGCCCCGGCGGCUCCACCUGCCCUGCCCAGCGGAGAUGGCGUCCCUCGGCUUAGGGGGGCUCAACGUCUCCGCCCGCAGGAAAAGCGUCCCGUCCCGCAACGCCGCGGUGGAGAGGCGGAACUUGAUCACGGUGUGCAGGUUUUCAGUCAAGACUCUGAUUGACCGUUCCUGUUUUGAGACCAUUGAUGAUACUUCCCCUGAAUUUAAUAAUUUUGCAGCCAUUCUGGAACAGAUUCUAAGUCAUCGACUGAAAGGUCAGAUCACCUGGUUUGGCUAUGAAAGUCCUCGUAGUUUCUGGGACUACAUUCGCGUAGCUUGCCGAAAAGUCUCGCACAAUUGCAUCUGCAGUAUCGAGAACAUGGAGAAUGUCAGUUCUUCUAGAGCUAAGGGUCGAGCCUGGAUCAGAGUAGCACUUAUGGAAAAACAUUUGUCUGAAUACAUUUCCACAGCUCUUAGAGACUUCAAAACAACCAGGAGAUUUUACGAGGAUGGAGCAAUUGUUCUCGGUGAAGAAGCAAAUAUGCUUGCUGGUAUGCUGUUGGGACUCAAUGCAAUUGAUUUCAGUUUUUGUCUGAAGGGUGAGGGACUGGAUGGCAGCUUUCCUGCUGUCAUAGAUUAUACACCGUACUUGAAGUUCACCCAAAGUUCUGACAGCAUCAGCAGUGAUGAAGAAGAGCUAAGAACGCUGGGCAGUAGUGGCAGUGAAGGCAGUACUCCAGAGAACAUUGGCCCUCCUUUCAUCACAGACGAAAACAGUUGGUACAACAAAUGCAAAAGGGUAGAACAGAAGUACCGGCUUGCGUUGGAACAGAAGGGUUAUCUUGAAGAAUUGGUACGACUCAGAGAAAACCAACUAUCUGAAUCUGUCUCACAGAAUAAACUGCUGUUACAAAGAAUUGAAGAUAUGGAUCUAGCCCAUAAAAUGGAGAAGGAGCAGCUGGAAUAUAUCAUUGUGGAGCUGCAAGACCAGUUAACUGUGCUAAAGAAUAAUGACUUGAGAUCAAGACAAGAAUUAACUACUCACCUCACCAAUCAGUGGCCUUCCCCAGGAGCUCUGGAUGUCAAUGCUGUUGCCUUGGACACUCUACUUUAUAGAAAGCACAAUCAACAAUGGGAUGAGAAAAGUUUUCAAAGUCUGGACCAGCUUUCAGCAGAUGUUAGUCUUUCUCAAUCUUCUCUGGAUCCAGGUCACUCACAGGAUGGGAAGCAGGAUGGAAUGAACAUGUUAAAUGAAGGGAAGGAAGACACUCCAUCUUUGCUUGGUCUUUGUGGUUCUCUUACAUCAGUAGCAAGCUACAAGUCUCUCACAAGUCUGAAAUCAAGUGAAUACCUUGCAAGUCCCACAACAGAGAUGACAAGUCCAGGCUUAACACCAUCUUGAGAUACACAUAAGAAGGAAGAGCUUUGUGUUGUAUGCAUUUGUUUUAUGUUCCAUAAAAUGACUUGCAAUGAAGACUGCUAGUUCUGAGUUAAAAAAUAAGCUGCUUUAUUUUUUCUUUUCCUGGUUACCUGUGUAAUGUACAGAUUCUGUCCAUUUUCAUUCACCUUUUUUUCCCCCAGAGGACUUUUCAGAUUUUCUAUUUUAAUCUGGAUUUAUUUAAAGCUCUUUGUCAAGUACAGAAUGUAUAAUCCGAUGCUUAUGAAUGAUUUUUAAAAUGAAAGUUGGAAAACAGUCCCCUACUAAAUUGCCGUCAGCUUUGUUUCUCCUUGCACUGGCCUGGCCCUGCUCUAGCCACUGUACUUUUCUGCAGUGCUUUAAGUAUCUAUCGACUCUUGCAGAAUAGACAGGGAAUCCUUAAUGCCAGUCUUUAUAGGCAAAUAAAUAUUUAACUAAAAUUCCAGCUUUUCAUCUGUGUAUGUUGUGUAGGACCUCAAAUAGCAUAUUUAACCUAUCAACAGCUUUUCUCAAGUUGACUCAGUGUUAGGUUUUGCAUUCCUGUUAGUAUCAUGGCAGUGAAGAAUCACACUGAAACACUCUUGCAAACUCUUGAAGUUGCAUGUGAAUAACAAAUGUAACUUGAUCAUAUAAAUCAAGCAUACUUAGCAAUUUUCAAAUGGUGAGGAAACUCACUAAAUGCUUUUGAGUGACCUGAAUUACAGAUAAUCUUACAUUAUAUGAGAAAUUUCUUGCUGGAAAGAUAGAGACUAAGGAUAGUGGGGUUAGCACCUUGGGAAGUUUGAAUUCUGUGUUUAUUGGCAAGAUCCCAAGGAGAGUGAAAAAGGGGAAACAAAAACAAAGUAAUGGCUGUAUUUCCAUGUUAAAGACUUUUCUCAUCCCUGUAGGAGUGCAAUAGGUAUUUUUCUUGGUAAGAUAAUACAGCAGAACUUCUCAAGUCAGUUUUCUCAAAUUACUUGCCAUUGAUUUAAAUUAUUGAUAGGAAAAAAAAGAAAAAGGAGACAUUUUUUAAAUGUAACUAACUUUCCAAAUCACCCUACAGUUUCAAAGUUUGCAACUAAAUUUUUGAAUUGCAAACUAUAUUCUUAAUUCUUUGUAAGAUACGGUCUUAUCUAUGAAUUUUGCUAAUCAAGGUAAUGCUUAACACUAUGAUUAGUAACUUUUUAAACAAAAGUUAAAUGCAUGUAAGUAUGUUGUAUUUAUAAGUGCUAGGGAAAAUGCUUUUUUGUGCCAAAGAAGUUUCAUAAAUUGUUUACAUGAGUAGCUGCAAUACAGGACAGAUUUUUAAUUAUUGCUUACUCUUAGGUGUUUACGGUAUGUCACUACAUUCUGUAGAGUUUUAGUUGAUUUGCCUCUUGUGAUGGUAUCUUGGCAUUACUACUAAAAACUGGUCAUCAUAGGAUGGGCUUGAAAGAAACAGGAUUCAUUCUUACCUUUACUGAAACUACAGGGAAUGUAGCCUUUGUAAGUAUAGGCUAUGCAUCUCUGGAAUUUAUGGCACUGUUGGAUUUAGCUGGAGGAGGUUCAAAAUACAUAUCCUCAACUCUCUAGUCCAUGCUGCUAGAGGUCACUGCAUCCAUGGCAGGGUACACAACUACUGAUGCUGUUUUAAUGCAGAAUUUUGGAGCAUUUUAGCAAAAUCUACCAGAUUUUUUCUUUAAAGCCCUCGUGUGCCCACCCAGUUAAUUUCUCUGUAAUAAACUGACAGUUAAAUCCUGUCAUACACUGUCAGAAUGCCCACUAACUACUUCAUGUAACUUUUUUUUGUUAUCACAUUAAGCACCUGUUCUUUCAUGGCAGUUGAGUACCAUUAUUAAAUAUAAAUUUGUAAACUAGAGAUGCAUUUUUACUAUAAAUAAAAUGAGGGAAUCCGGAUUCCACAAGUUAACAUUCUACAUCAGGGUACAGUGAUUUAAUGGGUCUUGUUUGCUGUUAAACACUUCUCACAUUACAUCAGUAUUUUGGAGGGGGCUAUAAUCAUGAUCUUCAGUCAUGUUCACUGAUGGCUCUUUUCUUGGAGCUACUAGUGUGAAAUUCAUGUGUCAUUCAACUGAAGUCUUUUAUGUGGUCAGACACCACUGAGUUUCUGGGUUUUGUGCAUGGGAAAUCAGUUAUGUGUGUCUUUCUCAGUUCUAAACAUUAAUCAUUUAAAAAAAAUUAAAAUGCCAAAACUGUAUGUUGCCUUGACGUUCCAUAAAUGUUGCAUGUAAAUUAAACAUUUUGUAUCAUCACAA